AUGGGCAGGCUUCAGGACGUUACCCGCUUCCUGUUGGCGGCCGGAGGGUCUGCCUCUACCGACGGCAAAUCAACUCAUCUAUUCCAUGAGGUCAAGAAUUCCUUGUUUAUGGAAACAUGGACGGGUUCUGAAUUAACCGACCGCGUGGAAGUAGUAACUGGCGUUAGGAGUGAUACAUCUGCACCUCUUGUGAACUUGCAUUACAAGAGAAUCUUUGUUGUAGAUCAAACACACACCCUCAAAUGCUUCACAGAGACCUCGAAAGCUGAGGAUGAAGGUGAUGAUGAAGACGAAGAGGAAGAAGAAGACAGCCGCUGGGAGGACGAGGAGCUAGACGAUUUGGACAUCCGAGUCCACGACAAAAGCCAACUUGCCGUCGCCUGUGGUGAAUUUACAAUCGUGGUUUUCUACCAAAAUCCCGAUGGUACUAUCGGCGCAAUUGAAGAUGAUGGCAGCUUACAUGGGUGGAAGAUUGCUCAACUCCCAAACGCUGAAGCUCUUCCUGGAACCCCCAUGGCCAGCUUCCAAGCCAAAGACACCGUGUACUUUGUCUAUGUUGCUACGGACCAAACCUUUCGUUAUUUGGAGCAUAGUAACAAUGAGUGGAAAGACGCACCCUUUUCGAGUGCUAAGAUAGACGGAGCUUCUGCCAAAAUAUCGCUUGCCGAAGACGAGAAAGCAGAGACUGAUCCGAAGCUCUUGAUCUUUUGCCUCGCUGAUAAGAAGCUGUCUACGAUCAAACCGGGAAGCACCGAAGCAGAAACCUGGGGCACAGUGGAAGACGGAGUGUAUAAGCCAACGUCUGAUCAGGAGAAUAACGGAUCGCCGCAUGGAAGCAUCCCGAAUCCCUUCCACCCCGGGCAUCUCUUCAUCUACUCGUCUGGCCCUCCUCCUCCUCCACUGCCUCCUGCUACUGUCCCUGUCCCUUUUCCUGUCCCUUUUCCUGUUGCCCCUUUUGCUUGUUAUGAAGACUUCGGUCAAUUGAGCUUGAGGGAUCAUGCUGUUGAAUAUCAACAGCCCCCUCCUUAUGAAUAUCCCUAUGGUCGUUUUGAUGAGCGCUAUUAUGACUCCCAUGACGAAGCUCUUCUUCGGCAACAUGCCCAGCGACCUGAUCCGAGAUUUGUUUCGCACGGGAUCCUUACCAGCGGGAUCCUUAUUAUCAAGAUGGUUACCCGCCGGAUCGUUACCCGCAGGACUAUUACCAGCGAGAUCCUCACCAACGAGAUCCUUACGAGCGGGGUCCUUACCACCGUGACCCUAACCAGCCUCCUCCUCAGGAGUUCUCGCGCUCACGGCAACAAGAUCCGCUACAGGGGCUCUCACGCCAACAGCAGGGUCCUCUUCAAGAGUCCUCGCGACAGCAGCAGCAGCAACAGCAGCAGCAACAACAACAGCAGCCUCCUACACAGGAAGCCAGAAGUCAACAACAAGUUCCUCCCCAGGAGACUCAGCGACAACAGGAGCUGGUUCAUCGCGCACCUACAGUUGAGGAUGCAGAAGAAGAAGAAGAAGAUGAUGAUGACGACUCUUCUACCCGGCCUCAGACUGGAACAGAGCCCCCACGCGCUCCUCAACCUAAUCGUGAAGAGACUCAGCAACAACAACAACAGCGGCCACAAGGGCAACAAAGGCAACAACAACGACAGCGGCCUCAGCAGCAACAGCAACGUCGUGCCGUCUCGCCCGCUGUCAAGUCGGAAGAUGACGACAUGGAGGAAGCCCCCCGGCAACGUCGUCCCCAGACACAAGGCCAGCGUGCUCGCCAAGCCCGCCGUCUCACCCCGGCGGACUCCCCGUUUGAUGAAGAUGAAGACGCAUUCCUCCAAGAAUUUCGGCGUUAUCGUCAAGGAGUGUUUCAGCGUAAUCGUCACGAUGAACUUCUACGUGCUCAUCGAGAAGAACUUCGGCGUGCUCCCCAAGAAGAGCAUUCGCGUGCUCGUCGCCCUCCUCCUGAACAUCGUGGCUUUGAGUAUGAGCCUCAUUAUCCCUAUGCGGCCCAUGGGUAUGAAGAUCAUCGUUCACCCUUUCGUGGUCCUCGCACCCGACCUGACCCUAUAA